AUGUGGUCUGGGCUUAAUUUCUCGUCAUCGUCAGCGCUUCCGAGCGCGGUGGGUUGUGAAGACGCGAAUGCUGUCGUGACGGCCUGCUCGAGUCAGGCAGCCUACUUUGCUGGCGAUGUCUACAGGAGUACGCUUCAAGUGCAAGGCCCCGAGAGUGCCUCUGCCUCCCGCCCUAUCUCGAUUUCCGUUUCAGCCCAGCUCUGUGGAGUGCUUUCAACUUCGACGUCCCGUCGUGACCUUCUUCACUCUCCUGCGCUUAACAGGUACCGCCACGCGGCUCUUCCAUUCUAUGUUUUCGAAGGGAAAGGUGGAGGAGCGGCUGCGUGCAAGACGGGGGUUUCGGAGGACUCGAAAACUCUCGGUCCUUCCGCGAUCCCCGCUGCUUCCGCUUAUGCUGAUCGUUUGCCUGUCUGUCCCGUAAAUGGAGGCAGUGAGGUAGGGAAUCGCGAUCCGGUUUUUUCGGCUCUUUUCUCCUCGAAUUCAAAGCUCCUGUUUCUCUCCGAACACUGCGACGUCACCGACAACCUAGUGUUCGACCGGCCGGGAGUCACGUUUUCCUUUGGGUAUGAGUGUCGCCUGCCGUCCUUCCUGCCGCCCACCUUCAACGGGUCCACGACGAAGAUCAAUUACUACUUGUGCGUGACGUCGAAAAAGAGCGUUUCUCCGCACUGUCUUCCCGGAAUUCCGGGCUCCGGAUGCCAGCUCAAGCCUACUCCACUUCCCAGUCUGUCCACCUCGUUUUUCCGCCUUCCAAUUCGACUGCUUGGCUCUCCCAACCGACACAUGCCUAUUCUGCCUACUCUCGGUCCUCCAGUGCUUCCCGCGCCGCCCCACAAAUCUGCACAGUGGAGCGCCGUAAAUUCCUCCGGUUCGGGGAGUGGCUGGGAUGUCGGAUCUUCCGCAUUUCCCCCCACCACCAAAAGGCAGACGCCUUCGUCUGAGGCGUCUUCUGUCUCAUCGAGAAGCCGCUUUUUUCUGCCGAACGUUUUCCGUGUCUUCGGCGCAGGCGGCGCUUCCUCCUCUUCCCGUCCCAGUUCGGUCGACACCUCACUGGGGCUCCCCACACCCCCGGUGUCAUUUCCUACUCCGGCACCUAUCUCCUUCCAUUUUCACUCGCGAACGUGGAUGGGAGGGGACUUAGCCUCUCAGAUGAUCAAGAGCGUGGACCCAGCAGCCCUCGACGACCGCUUUCUUCCGGAGUGUCUAGGCUGGGACAUCUCGUGGCUUCUGGGGGCGGGAAGAAGAGGCCGGGAUGCUUUCUCGCGAGAAACACUGGCUAACGGUUCUCCCCUGUCUUCUCUCUCCUCACCGCCAUGCGCGCUUCGAGAGACUCUGGGGCUGUGGAACGCCAGCCGAAAUACACGCGAGUACGGAACUGCCUACAUCGACGUUCUGUGCGCCACGUCGGUUCCCCCCUUGUGGGCGGGAGACGCAUGCGGAGAUUCUUUGGAGACCUCGAAAGCUCUCUCAGAGGCUGAAUCGCCCUCGGAACGGGCUGCCGAAAACCAGGGAGUCGAGAGGGAAUUCGAACAUGGGAGCGAACUCCAGGCGAGGGAACACCGCGGGAGUAGCUGUCCCCGUGGAGACCGGUCAGAGGGGAAACAGCAGGAGAAAGAGUCUGACUCCGGUCUGGUGAGUGGAGAAGUCAUGAAGGGACAAAACCGUGAUGGCAGUGCCUUUCAAAUGGAGCGUUCCGCAGACGCUUGUGCUCAUUUCUCUUCCCCGGACAGCCUUCCUUCGCAGCCUGCCUCGAGUGGACCGCAUGCAGGUCCAUGUCCGCAAGAGGAUUUGCAAGGCACCAGAAAAGCAAAUUCACCCACAUACAAGCCUUCUCAGCCGUCGCCUUUUUCGGGUGUCGUGGCAUCGUCUCUGCCACUGCUCAGAAUCGUCGUGGACGGUGACAACGACGCACCUUUUGGGAUGCCCGGCGAGGCUGGGGUUCCACGACGAGAGCAGUUCCGCAUUUCCCGCAAUGGGCAAUUUCUUUGUCUGGUUUCUCUCCCUGGAGUUCCCUUCCUUUCCCUGACAAGGCCAGGGGGUUCUCGGCGACAGCGCGGAAAAUCCGCCAUCGCUGACCCAGGCCCCGCGGCACCCUGCGUUCCAGUUGGCGGUUCCUUCAAUGUGCGCUUGAGUUUCGAAGGAGCGACAAGCCGAACGCAUGAAGUUCACCUCUCGGUUGUUCGGGAAGAAACGCCUCUUCGCCCCGCUUCUGCUGCUACCGGCCAACAGGCGUCUGGGUUGCCCGCAGUUGAGGAAUCUCGGAUACCUCCCAGUCGUCCAGUCAUGACACGCUCUUCAGGAGGAGGCGCGUCGAGUCGAAGCGGUCCGGACGUUGCGGGUCCAAGCGCUCCAGACGGCCCAACACUUGCACAGGUCGUCUGGACGCAGCAGGCAGUCGUGGUGAGUAUGGAGGAAGCUUCUGUGGCUGCCCACGUACCGACAGCCUGCCCCCCGUCGUUUGAAACAGACACCGUCCGAGUCUCGUACGCUCUCGUUUUCCAGUUCCUGUGCGCUGGGGAAGAGGCGGCUGAGCGGGACGCGGAGCUAGGGGAGUGUGAAGCCACGCCUGCUUGGCGCGGUAAACUUUCGAGGGACGACGGUGUCGGCUUGUCGUGGGAGCUGCCUUUGAUUGUCCUGCCUCCUCCUUUCGGAGACGGAGCCUCCAGGGAAGACCCGCAAGAAGCUCUCUGGAUCGGCGGCAGUUGGGAAGCUGUAGGCGACGCUGCUGGCGUCGCGGCGCACGAGCUAGAACGGAAGGCGCGAGCAUGGCAAGCAAGUAGUGGUGAUCAGGGAGAAGUGAAGACAGAUGCUAAUUGCAACACAUGGGACAGAGGUUCUCCAGAAGAGGACCUUUCAUCCCACCAAUUGCAGCUUUUGUACAGUGCGUCAGGAAUCGCCUUGCUGUCGGGCGACGGUGCAAAGUCACUACACAGGGGUGUGGCUGUGUAA